CAGCAUCACAUUUUCUUUCUCAAAAAAUUAAACACUAAUUGCAACAAUGGCUGUUUCCAAACUUGAACUAGAUAUUGAGUUGAAAACCUCAGCAGAAAAGCUAUGGAAAAACCUAAAAGAAUUCAUUACAUUCUUCCCCAAAGCUUUGCCACAUAUUUACGAAAAGAUCGAUGUGAUCGAGGGUGACGGAAGUUCGGCCGGAUCAAUCUUCGUGUGUACUUUUAAGUCGCCAGAGAUGGCCCCCACUAAGGAGAGGGUUGAAAUGGUGGAUGAAGAUAAGAAAUUACUAAGUUACAGUUUUAUCGAAGGUGAAAUCUUGAAAAAUUACAAGAGUUUCAAGUCCAUGUUAUGUGUGAGCAACAGCAGCAAAAGUGAUGGGGCUUUGGUUAAAUAUUCAGUUGAAUUUGAGAAGGCAAAUGCAGAAGUUGGAGAUCCUGAUUUUUUCAAAGGUUUUGUUGCUAAGAUUUUUGAGGAUAUGGAUACUUAUCUUCUCAAGGCAUGAAUUAUUCAAGAUUUCAUUAACAGUGUUGACAUGUAGCUAGUCAUGCCAGUAAUAAAUUUUCGUUAUAUUAUUUUUUACUCGUGUCUCAUGAAUUAUGACGAGGAUCGUCGAUUUGCAAAUUAUAUAAAAAUCAAAGUUUAAUUUAUUGAUUUUA